AUGGCAGCUUAUUCUGCAGAUAGGCGAAGAAUUCACAUUUCCAUCUCCACACACACAACUAAAUAUGAUGAGUGGAGUAAAAUUGUCUUGUUUAGGAAGAAUUCAAUUCCUGAAAUCCCAGAAGAAGGUAAAAAGGGAGAAAAUUUUCUACAAGAGUAUUUUUGUAUGCGUGUUGCAAUUACUAAAAAUUUUAAUAAUAUACAACAUGUUGUCUAUGAUGUUGGUAAGGAUAGGUUUCAACAUAAAAAUACACGACUCGAAAAAUUGGAGACAGAUGAUGGUUUACCAACUGAAGGGAUCGAAGCAAUUGGGAAAACAUCUGUGAUGUACAAAGGCCUUUACGAUAAUGAUAGAGUAUUACAAUAUGCACAUUCCUUGAAUGUUUGCAACAAGGAGAUGGAGAUAAUGGAGAAGUUGGAUUUAGCUUGCUUUCUCAAAAUACCCGAUCUUAAUUUAGCUGAUUAUGGUAACACUGGCAUGACUUUUAUUGUCUUGGCUCCAUUAUGCAAACCAUUUGGAGAAUGGAUAUUCUCCUUAUUGUCGAUAAAUUGA